GAUCCUGUUUCCCCCACAAUGCCCUUUUCAAAAUGGUGCAAGGCAAGGUGAAAAAAAAGACUUCGCUUCCGAGUGGAGCGAAGGGUAAAGGCGGACGUCAACACAGGAAAACGAGCAUUAAACGGGGAGGGAAAAUCAUCAAACCUAAAAAGACAAAGUUAAUAGAGGCAGCAAAAUUAAAAAGGGGUUUACAGAAAGCUAUCAACAGUGAUAUAGAACACAUGGUCUCCAUGAAAGCUGUGUCAACAGAACCGAAACAGUUCCACGUCUUCAAGGCCGACAAAACAGCAUCCGCCUCGUCCUCAAAGCCAACGCCAGCAGCAGCAGCAGCAAAGACUAAAAAAUAAAACUGACAAAAAACCCAUG